AAAGACUUAGAAGUCUGGAAAGGUUGUAGGCUGGAGAUGCUUUAUAGGAGAAGGCCCAUAAGGAACUUUGGUGGCAGUGUCUGUGGUGAGAUGACAUUUAUGUGGCUAAGCAAUGUUGGAUUACUUGGAAGAAUCUUGUGCUUGCAUCUUCUUGGCUUCCUUUAAGCCCUGUUAAGCCAGGAAUGAAUUAAAUGUUCCCCUUCUCCUCAGUUUGAAGACAUUAGGCAGAGGUAGCCCAGAGUGGGAGCCAGAUUUUGGAGUCAUUGGCCUUUCCACAUCUAGUCCUUCCCCCCACCAAGACUUCUGUCCCCAGUCAUGUUUCACUUCAUUGUGCCCUCCUAUUCUCAUCUUCCUGGAUUGUGACAGUGAUUUCUCAUUCUUUCCCUGUAGGAAAUAAAAGGGUUUGUGUACCAUUCCAUUGCAAUUCCAAUAACUGGAAUGGAACUGGUUCUUAGCUAAGUAGUGCUGAUACUAAUUAAAAACUAGUUAUUCUGUACUUCCUAAGCAAAGAGGGGAGAGGCCAGAUGGUACGCUGACUGCAGCUUGGAGCCUCCUGUAUUAAAACCUCUAAACGGGUGUUUGGCCAGAGGUGCGAGAGUUGGUUAAGACAGUUCAAGGGGCCAGACCCAGAUCCUUAGAACUUGUUUAUAUUUGGUAUACACUUCUGUAUGUAGAAACCUGGUAAACGGGAUUCCUGCCCUCAGAACACAGAUGAUCUAGUUUGGGAGAUGAGAUAAACUCUGAGUAACUGUAAAACACUUAUAAUAAUGUAUAGUAAAACUUUAUCCUGUUGAGUUGUGAGGAGCUCAGCAUGACACAGAUCUUUCUUAGAUCUCCACCAAGGAGGAACUGGGAGUCUCCAUCAGUUACACCGUCUCACCUGCAAUGAGCUGUGGCCCAGACCUGAAAGUUGUCAUGGAGCCAUGUUUGUGAAAAAUCAGAGUAGAGCAAUAUACUGAAUGGGGCGUAAUUAAGGGGUUGAGAGGGUUAGGGGAAGGCUUCCUAGAGUUUUCAGCCAGAGCUAGUAAGUGAAUACUGUUACACUCCAUUAAGGAGGAAUUGAGCACGGAGGGUAGUCAAAAGAGAUAGAAAUAAAAGAGAAGAAAGCAGCUAGGCACCUCUAGAGCAGCCAGUCCUUGAAAGGGACUUCUGAAAACUCAGAGCUUUCCCCACUAUUUCUGCUUUUCCUUCUCUUUCAGAUGCCUCAUCCCCGAAGGUACCACUCCUCAGAACGAGGUAGUCGGGGGAGUUACCAUGAACACUAUCGAAGCCGAAAGCAUAAGAGACGAAGAAGCCGCUCUUGGUCAAGUAGCAGUGACCGGACACGACGGCAUCGACGGGAAGACAGCUAUCAUGUUCGUUCCCGGAGCAGCUAUGAUGACCGUUCCUCUGACCGGAGAGCAUAUGACCGGCGAUACUGUGGCAGCUACAGACGCAAUGACUAUAGCCGGGAUCGGGGAGAUGGCUACUAUGACACAGACUACCGGCAUUCCUACGAAUAUCACCGGGAGAACAGCAGUUACCGCAGCCAGCGCAGCAGCCGGAGGAAGCACAGACGGCGGAGGCGGCGCAGUCGGACAUUCAGCCGCUCAUCUUCGGUGAGUGCCAGCCCAGGCUUUUCCUCUCCCCACUCCUCUUCAGCCCUCUGGGACCCUGGUAAGUGAGAAGUAUCCUUGUUCUCAGCUGAUCCUUGGGGCAUGAACACAGGUGGGCACUGAGUCUGUCUACUCUCUUGGACGCUCUUCGACUCUUGGAGGGCCCCAGAAUCUCCUUUGGAGAUGGAUGGGCACAGAGCAUUUGUGAACCCCAGUGUCCUCUCUGGCAUGCUGGCCUUACUGUGUUGGGAGCAGCUCCUCCAUCCCAGAGGCCUGCACUCUCUAUUGGGGACCUUGCUUGUGAACUGCCUUUCUCCCUCAAGCCCUGGGCUCCAUGGCCCCCUUAGUAGGUGGGCUUGGGUGGGGGAAAAGGGAGGUUUGUGUCCGCCUGGAAGGGCAUUGUGUAGAGCAUGGGGUUGUGGGUGACAUUGGCAACGACACCACUUCUCUACUCUGCCCGUGCCUCUCCUUGUUCCCAUUUUGGGUUUGGGACUUGGGGUUAUGCGCCGCUCUCUCUUCUCACCCGGAUCCGCCUUACUGCAUCUGACGUGUUCCCUUCCACUGUCCCCCAUCAUCGUCUGUCCCCCCUGGCUGGGCGCCUGUGACCGGUGGCCCCUCCACCACCCA